CAUCAUUUGAAACGGGUGAAAGUUAUGAGCAGGACAGAUGGACAGAUAGAGGACAGAGGGUACUGGGGGAGUAAAGCAGAAUUUCUUCUGGCUGUGGCAGGGAAUGUGGUCGGUCUGGGUAACGUGUGGAGGUUCCCAUACCUGUGCUACAAAUACGGAGGAGGUGCGUUCCUGAUACCCUACCUGGUGUUUGUGGUUACCUGUGGGGUUCCACUGUUCCUGCUGGAGACGGCAAUGGGACAGUACACACGGGAGGGUGGCAUUACAUGUUGGCAUCGCCUCUGUCCUCUGGCUGAGGGUAUCGGCUAUGCAGGACAGAUGAUUCUGCUGUACAGCUGCAUGUGUUACAUCAUCAUUUUGGCCUGGGCACUUUUCUACCUCUUCUUCUCCUUCAGCCCUGAACUCCCAUGGGCCAGCUGUGACAACACCUGGAACACAGAUUACUGUAUAGUUGGUGCUGCAAGAAAUCUGACCCUCAACCGCACAACACCAAUGAAUUCAACUUCUCCAGCUACUGAGUUCUGGGAACGCAGAGUGCUGUCUCUAUCUGGAGGUAUUGAGCAGAUGGGUCACAUUAACUGGGAGAUUCUUUUGUGUCUCAUUGCAAUGUGGAUGACGUGUUAUUUCUGUAUCUGGAAAGGAGUCAAAUCUACAGGCAAGGUGGUAUAUUUUACAGCCACAUUUCCUUACGCGAUGUUGCUGGUGUUACUGAUUCGUGGGUUGACACUUCCUGGAGCCUUACAGGGGAUCAUGUUUUACCUUUACCCUGAACCAGCCCGUCUCUCUGACCCACAGGUUUGGAUGGAGGCUGGAGCUCAGAUCUUUUUCUCCUACAGUCUGUCUGUUGGCUCUCUAACUGUAUUAGGGAGCUACAAUAAAUACAACAACAACUGCUACAGAGACAGUUUGUGGCUCUGUCUACUGAACAGUGGUACCAGUUUAGUGGCUGGUUUUGCUGUGUUUUCUGUCUUGGGUUUCAUGGCCCAUCAGCAGGGCGCCCCCAUUGAAGAGGUGGCCGAAUCAGGUCCAGGUCUAGCGUUCAUAGCUUAUCCCCAGGCUGUGGCUAUGAUGCCACUUCCUCAGUUGUGGGCUGUUUGUUUUUUCAUCAUGAUUAUUUUGCUGGGUCUAGAUACACAGUUUGUUGGAAUGGAGGUCGUCAUGACGUCAGUCAUGGAUCUGUUCCCCAUGGUGUUGCGCAAAACAGGAAGAAGAGAAAUGUUUCUACUUAUCUUUUGUCUCAUCUGCUUCUUUGGUCAACUCGUCAUGGUUACAGAGGGAGGGAUGUAUGUGUUCCAGUUGUUUGACUACUAUGCCUGCAAUGGAGCUUGUGUUCUGUUCCUAUCUGUAUUUGAGUCUCUGGCCAUGGGUUGGACAUUUGGUGCUGAGAGAAUGUUUGACAUCAUUGAGGACAUGACAAAGACUCGACCCAACUACAUAUUCAUGUUGUGCUGGAAAUACUUCACUCCUUUAGUGUCACUGGUGUCUUUGGUCUGUUCUCUGGUGCAGUACCAGCCCCUGACAUUUAACCGCUGGUAUGUGUACCCAGGCUGGGCGUAUGCAUUAGGCUGGUUACUGGCCCUGUCUUCUAUUCUACUAGUACCUGGAUGGGCACUGGGCCGACUGUUUACUGGGAAAGGGAAUCUGAGACAGCGUUGGCAUCACCUGUGCAGUCCUGACAGGAACCUCCCACUCACCCGUAAGCAGCGCACUGAAAUGCAGCAAAUGAUGCGCACCGCAGAGAUGGAAGAUUUGUUUUGA